AUGGGCCGAAAGCGCAAAUCUAUUUCUGAAGAUGAGCAUCGUAUACAAGCUAAUCAACGUCGACGAGAAAGAUAUGCUAAGAAAGCAGCUGAGAAACAACAAAAAACACAACAGAGUACUGAAUAUGAAAACAGAAUCAGCCACACUUCUCAUGCUAUGCCUUUUUCUCCAAUAGAUGAUACACUUGUUGAUGCUCCUAUCCAUAAUGAUGUAUCACUUUCAGCUCUAUUAAAAGCUAAGUGUGAAAUUCACUUAGCAGAAACUCAAAUGCCAGAAAAGUUAGUUCAAUUUUAUAGGGCAAAUGCUCCUAAAGCUAGAGAAUUUCGGUUGUGCAUCAGGAGUUACAAUAACAUGUUUGCUUUUACAUCCCUUGGUGUUCAUUAUGAUAAAAAUCUUAGCAGAAGGAAUAAUGGUAUAUAUACAUUUAGAGUACAGGGCCAGAUUUAUCACUUUAUCAAUCCAUUGGUUCCUUCUAAAGGUGAAAGAGCAACAAACCUGCAAUUAUAUUUUUAUGAUACCCAACAUGAAAUAGCCAAUCGUAUGGCAAUUUCUAGCAAGUUCAGGGAAUCCAUUUUCCAGCAGUUCAAGGAUAUUCUUCAUGAUAAUCCUUAUUCCACUUUUAUCAGAAGCUUGGUGGACCUCCAUGAUCUUGAAGAUCACAAAAUUUUCUUGAAAUCAGAUCCAGGUUUGGAUCAAAGAGUCUACAACCUUCCUGCAGUGUCUCAGGUAGCAGCAAUGUGGAAUGAAAAUGAUUAUAACAGUGGUGAUGGCACUCAGAAUAUCCAUAUUUUCACAAAGAUAGGAAGAAAGCGCAUGUUAAAGCAAUAUUACGGCUGCUAUGAUACACUUCAGUAUCCACUUAUAUUUGCAAAGGGUGAGACUGGAUGGCACAAAGAUAUAUUGAGGAUACCAAGAUCAGACGUUCUUAACCAAUCAGGUUCAACAUGCCAGAACCAAAAUAUCCUCUCAGUCCAGAAUUGCUCACACAUAGAUGAAGUCAUAUCUGCUGAAGAAAAAGCAAGUUUUAUAGGAGGCCCCAGAGACAUGCGUCGAAGAUAUUUGGAUGCCAUGUCACUUGUUCAACGAUAUGGAAAACCUGACAUCUUUCUCACAAUGACAUGUAAUCCAUCUUGGCCAGAAAUAAAACAACAUUUAUCAGGUGAAGAUGAAAUCCAAAAUAGACCAGAUUUGAUUUCUCGGGUAUUCCGAGCAAAAAUUGAGCAGUUAGAAGAUGAUUUGUUCAAAAGAAAUCUCUUCGGUGAAGUUGCAACUUAUACUUAUGUCAUUGAAUUUCAGAAGCGAGGAUUACCACAUGCACAUUUCCUGAUUAUCCUCAAACAAGGAUAA